CAUUUUUCUCCCCUUUUUUUGUGGCUUUGUAUAACUCUAGAACAAAUAGAGAGCUUUGGCCGGUUGUGCAAUUGAAUAUUUUUCGUAAUUGGGGAAGGAAAGAAAUUAAAAUAGUUAAAUCAAUUGCUUUUGGAUCAGCUUUGGUUCCUUUGUUGUUACUAGUAGAUCCUCUGUUUUUAUUUCAGAAUGAUUAUGAUUUUGAUUCUCUGUUGUUAUCCCUGUUCUGUAAAGUUGUUUCUUCCUAAUUUUGAGCUUCAAUAUGGUUAUAUGCUAAUUUAACUUGAUGCGCUAUCUUUUUUUUUUUUAAUUUUUGGUGGGUCUCUGUUUAUUCCUUAUUUUCAGUGUUAUAGUUCUCUGAAGUCUGAAUUUUUCUUUUGGUUUAUUGUUCCUUAUUAUGAUCCCUUUUUUUCUCAUAUGAUUUUUCUUUUGCUCUCUUUUCCUUAUUUGAAGGGCUUCUGUUUCCUAAAUAUUAGGUCUUCCUUCUCUAUUUGCAUGUAUAUGAUUUUGAACAUUCUGCUUUCUGUGAUCUCUAUUUUUUUUUCUCCCUCUUUUCUUUUUCUUGUUUCUUUUUUCUUGUGUUUGGUUUAUCUAGAUGUUAUCAAUCCAUUCCAGAACAGUUUUGGAGGAUUUCAGUGAGGAUUAAGCAUUUAAACUCCUUGGAUUGUCAUGGAGGAUCCUUAUACAACAUCCAGCAAUGGUGAAGCUGCAAAUUCCAAUCUUCAGAUUAUUAGAUAUUCUCCAUUCCAACCAUGCAACAAAUUUUCUUCGUCUUGGUUUGAUUUGAGAGUCUUUUAUGUCAGAAUCAGUAAUGUCCAGGUCGAUGCUUCAACCCCAGAAUUUCUCACUCUUAACCAUAUCCCUCUGAGCCCAGACACCCUCUUGGAAUUGAAUGGCGUUAGGAGUAGUAUGUAUUCUGAUGGUGUCUCUUCCUUUCUCAGAAGGGAUCGUGUGGAUAAGAAAUCUGAGGAAGCUACAUUUGUCAGCACGGAUAGUAUUAGAACCACAGGAAGUGUGAAAUUUGAGGUUUUUGACAAAGAGGAUCUAAUUCUAUCUGGGGUUCUUGAGAUGUCUAACACAAACGGUUUUGUUGGGGAAUCAAAAGGCAAUGUGAAACGGUGGAGUAUGAAUUGUGAACCUGAGAUCACUGCUGGUUCAGGCUUCUUGAGGGGGAAACACAAUGCUGGUACUGAAUUGCCGACCAUUGAGAUUUAUGUUACAGGGUGCUUCUUGGGAACACCUAUCAUAUUAACCAAGACUUUGCAGCUCAGUUAUCGCAAGAAGCACAUCAGGAAGGGCAUGUUGGACUCAAUUCCAGAGUAUGAGACGACUGAAUCCCCCAAAAAUGUUUCACCUAAACAUGAUCUGCAGCAGAUAGCAGAUUACAGAAGUUACAAACUAGAAAAUGAAGAAGAUUAUAGUAACAUGAACUGGAGAAGUGGAUAUAUGGAGGGUGAAGAUGGUGAACUUUCAUGGUUCAACGCCGGUGUGAGGGUUGGUGUAGGAAUCGGGCUUGGCAUUUGUCUUGGAGUUGGUGUAGGAGUUGGUUUGCUAGUUCGUACAUACCAAGCAACCACUCGAAACUUCAAAAGACGGCUCUUGUAAUUCCUCUUUCCUAAACUGCUAAAUACUUGACUUUAGCAUCAAGAUUUUGACAGAGUUGUAUGUAGAUGACUUGCUUGGAUUUGGUUUUUUGGUGUUUGUUCCUCUCAAAACAUGUAAUAUAAUAUAGUUUGGUGCUCAUUUAGAAGGAAAUGACAGAGUUGGAUUGUAAAAGUGGAAGAGAUCACUGUCCUUCGCAUUGACGUGGAGGUUUAUAGCUGCAUAAAAGUUUGUAUAGCUUGUAUUUCCUAGUAAAUAAAAUCUGUUUUUGAGAAGCCAAA